AAAAAACCGUCUUUUCCCAGUCGCCAAAAGAUCAUUGGAAGGGCUCGUCAAACUUCUUCCUGCAUGAUCUAGGGACCUGACCCUCGCUAUAUAUGCCUUUAAAGUUCUCAUACUCGUAGCAGUUUUCCAUCGGCACCUUUGCCAAUUAGUUCCUGAGAUCACAGGACAGAGGCUACGUAUUUUCAGAUUUCGACCCAACGAUGAUUCAUUCGGCCGUGUCCCAGGUGGCUAUAACUGUUCCUGCCAGCAGCGAUUUGUCUCUGAGAAGAUCUGCGCUUAAGGAGAAAUCAUGGGCAAGGUUAUUGACUCUGGACUUGAAGUCAGACAAUGUGCGCUCAAGAAAUCUUCAUCUGAUAUGCAAGUCAGUGCAACAAGCAAGUGCACCUAAAGUUUCUGUCUCCCCUUUAAAAUUGGAAGAUGACUCUGAACCUCCAUUGAAUAUAUACAAGCCCAAACAACCGUAUACAGCAACAAUUGUUUCUGUUGAGAGGUUGGUGGGCCCAAAAGCUCCUGGGGAAACUUGUCAUAUUGUGAUCGAUCAUGGUGGAAAUGUUCCUUACUGGGAAGGACAGAGUUAUGGCGUUAUCCCCCCCGGUGAAAAUCCAAAGAAAACAGGGGCUCCUCAUAAUGUUCGACUUUAUUCGAUUGCUUCCACUAGGUAUGGAGAUUUUUUUGAUGGCAAAACAGCCAGUUUGUGUGUGCGUCGUGCUGUUUAUUAUGAUCCAGAGACAGGAAAAGAAGAUCCUUCUAAGAAUGGAGUUUGCAGCAAUUUUUUGUGUAACUCAAAGCCCGGAGACAAAGUGCAGAUUACAGGCCCCUCAGGGAAGAUAAUGCUGUUGCCUGAGGAUGACCCAAAUGCUACCCAUAUAAUGAUUGCCACUGGCACUGGAGUUGCUCCUUUUAGAGGCUAUCUCCGCAGAAUGUUCAUGGAAUCAGUCCCUACAUUCAAAUUUGGGGGUCUAGCAUGGCUAUUCCUUGGCGUGGCAAACAGCGACAGUCUGUUGUAUGAUGAUGAAUUUUCCAAAUAUCUGAAGGACCAUCCAGACAACUUCCGCUACGAUCGUGCUCUUAGUAGAGAGCAGAAGAACAGGAAUGGUGGCAAGAUGUAUGUUCAGGACAAGAUUGAGGAAUAUAGUGAUGAAAUCUUCAAACUCCUGGACAAUGGGGCUCACAUCUAUUUCUGUGGUCUUAAAGGAAUGAUGCCUGGGAUCCAAGAAACCUUGAAGAGGGUUGCUCAGCAGAGAGGAGAAAAUUGGGAGGAGAAACUUUCACAACUUAAAAAGAACAAACAAUGGCAUGUUGAAGUCUACUGAUGUUCUAUUUUGCUGGAUAUUCCCAUCUUUAUGGAGAAAUACGUUCCUUACACAUAGGUAUUCCAUGGAUUAUUUCAAGGAGAAAACUUAGGUGCUCAAAAGUUGUUUUAUCAUCUUUCGAUAUUAUUAUGACGUGGAUUUUCUUUGUAAUGCAUUAAUAACAUGGCUGUGUUGGAAGAAAGUAAGAGAUGUCCACGUGUUGUAGUUUUAUUGAAAAAAAACUGAUAACAAACCCAUAAAGACUUCAUUCUAGAGUCUUCUUCAU